AUGUCGAAGUGUCGUUCAAGCUAUGCCUCACCAUCUCAAUCAUCUCAAUCCCCGUAUUCGCUAUGUCGAGGCCAACAAAUCUCAGAUUCUGUAACUCCUUCCGACAUCUCAGAUGCUACAUCUGACUCCUCGGAAGUGUAUAAUAUGUACAUACGCCGCUACCCAAAUGAACCAUUUGACGCUUACAUGGACUCAAUGCCGGAGACUUCAGAGGAAGCAUCUUACCUGCUCGAGAUGGCACGAGCUGAUCUCGAAGUUCGACGUCUCGAGAAGGACCUUGCUGAGCGGCUUCUUCAUCAAUUUCGCAUGCGCAACACCACCUACGACUUCGAGCGAAGAGGGCAAAGAGAAAUUUUGGAGAUGCGGAAGCUAAUGUAG